AAAUUUGAGCAUAAACCUGUAGUAAUAAAGGUGUACGGCACUAGUGCCACAUAUGCUCGUGGCAGUCCCCGCUACGAUGCCGAAAUUAUUAAUGAGGAUAUAACCGUAAUCUUCGCAAACUCUCGUCAAUGCAUGAAAUCAACUACACUUGGAAAUGUACAGAUUGAAGAGGGAACCUUUGUGAUGGUCGACACCUUAUCACUGCACUACGACCCUGAGAUAUGGGGGAAAGACGCGAACGAAUUUCGACCUGAUAGAUGGCUAGAAUCAUCACGACCUGUGGCUGCAUGGAUUCCGUUUGGUUUGGGACCUCGACAGUGCAUCGGCAUGAGGUUGGCACAACUGGAAGAAAAACUUGUGCUCGCCCAUCUACUCAGGAGAUUCGACAUCGUAGCCACGGAUACUACUGAGGUGAAUAACAAAAUGUUAUUCGCGGUUUUAGUCAGCAUACGAGAAAGACAUGCUUUAACCACUCCUUAAUC